AUGGCAGCCGAGGUUGCUGGACGCGUUGAUAAGUGGCUGGGAGUCGUGCUUGUUCUUCUCUGGGUUGUGUGUGUUGAACUCUCAACCGGAGAAUUCAGUCUAUUUCUGAAGUCCGACGAAGUUCACAAACUAUUUGGGCUAAAUUCUGAACUAUACUAUGUACGGAAAGGACAAGUCAAUGACUAUGCUCUCAAGUUUGAAGUCGUUGUUCAAGCCAACAUUUCCGAGUUACAUUUUACAUGGCAGAGCCUCGGUAACAGCCAGCUAUCAUAUGUAAUAGCCAUAGAAGUCAACAGUACAGAAGCUUUAGGGACCCCUCAACUAAACAUAACAAGGACUGGCAUUAUUCCAAAUGAAGAGCAAGUAUUUCGUCUUUUUCUUCCAUGCACUGGUAAGAAGAGUGAAGAGGUGAAUAUUAAUCUUCAUAUGAACAUAACAGCUGGAUCCCGAGUUAACAUAACAUCUCUUAUUCUUAAGCGAAAGAAAAUCUGUUUGAAAGAUCCUUCAGCAAUUAUAGCAUCUGCUAGUUCAUUUUAUGUUGCCAUUGGGUGUGCUUGUGCACUAAUUUUGGUUAUAACAAGUGCUGCAACUACAUGUUACAUAAGAGCUCGGAAGUCUUGCCAGAAUGAGAUAAUAAACUACAGAGGUAAAUCAGAAGAUCUUGCUUCACAAGGGCAGACUUUCCUACGAGUUGACACACCUAAUAAUGCCAGCAUCACAGGGAGUUAUGGAAGUUAUCGACGUCUUACUCCUAUUGCCCUUGCUGUUCACGUCAAUGAUCUUCGAGCUUCCGAACUCACAGAAAAGAUUAGUGAAAUUGUUGUUGAAAGGAGGAAAAUAUCUUUACAUGAAAAAUUACAAGAAGGUACUUUUGGUCAAAUAUAUCAUGGGAUGUUCAUAGAGGAUGAAAAUGAUGUUAGCGAUGUACAGGAUGUCUUUGUUAAGACAGUGUCAGAUCAAGCCUCUCAGGUUCAAAUUUCACUACUACUUGGAGAAGGAAUGAAGAUGUUUUCUUUUAUUCAUAAAAAUGUUCUACCUGUAAUUGGUGUGUGUAUGGAUAACCCUCAACGGCCUCUGCUGAUUUAUCCAUACAUGAACCAAGGCAAUCUGAAACGUUUUCUUCACAAAUGUCAAUUUUCAGCUGAGGGGCAUUGUCACACUUUGGUUACUCAGGAUCUUGUAGCAAUGGCAAUACAAAUAGUACAGGGAAUUAUGUAUCUUCACAAGAAAAAAGUCAUCCAUGGAGACAUAGCAGGAAGAAAUUGUGUUCAUGGCUCUUACUGUAUCUACCAGCUUAGUUUGCAAGCAGCAUACUUCUUUGAGCAGGGUUCUCCACCACAGUUGGUCCACCUCCCUCUUAUGAAGAGCCUAGGCCUCAAUCCAGUGUUUGUCCAUCUCAUGAUGAUGCAGCUUGAGGAUGGGGACCUGCUAUACCAUGGAUUGUGGUCAUUUGGAGUUACUCUUUGGGAGUUAAUGACACUAGGUCAGCAACCUUAUGUUGAAAUAGAUCCUUUUGAAAUGUUAGCAUCUCUCCGAGAUGGCUACAGACUGUCUCAACCAGUCAACUGUCCAGAUAAAUUGUACAAGUUGAUGGCUUUUUGCUGGACAGCUGUGCCAGAAGAGCGUCCUACAUUUGGUCAACUACUAGGCUAUCUUCAGGACUUUUACACUGCUUUAGGCUGCUACAUCUAAUUUAUUAUGUUUCUCUUCUGCCAAAUAUUUUCAAAUAUAUGUAUUUGAUAGUCAAAAGAGCAUCUCCCAAAAGACUAGUUUUGACUGUACUUAUAUAGUCAUA